UAUAAACCCUCACGACAGUCCUCUGCACACAACCCCUUUCCUGAUCCAGCGAGAAACACAUUUGAAUUUCUUCAGUCUCCUCACACAAAGGUUUUAAUUCACAUCCCAGCUGAAGUAACAGAGGAUCCGUGUGAUUUUCAGAGGGGUGGAAACAUGAGGGACUGCGUGGCUUUGGUCUUCUGUGUGGCAGCCUUGACAGCUUGGAAAGUCUCUGCAGAUGCCAAGGAGUUAUCCAUCACCACCAUAAAGGAGGAGCCCUACACCAUGAGCCGCGGCGUCGAGCUGGAGGGCUAUUGCAUGGAUCUCAUCUCUGAGCUCUCCAAAGAGCUGGGCUUCAAGUACAAAGUGAGCCUGGUGAAGGACAACCGUUACGGCGUCAAGGACCCCAGCGGCACCUGGAACGGCAUGAUGGGGGAAAUCAUCAGACGGGAGGCGGACCUGGCGGUGGCGCCGCUGACGCUCACUGCGGCCAGAGAGAUGGCUGUGGACAUGAGCACCCCCUUCAUGCAGACGGGACUCCGCUUCAUCCUGCGCAGAGACCCGGCCUCCCCAGAAAGCAGCUUCAGUCUGCUGUCUCCCUUCUCCACCGACAUGUGGGCCGGUCUCCUCAUCGCCUUCCUGCUGACGGGUCUCUGCAUGUUCCUGGUGGGCAGGAUUAGUCCUGCGGAGUGGGCCGAGCCGGACACGGAGGAGCAUAACUUCACAUUGCUGCACAGCUUUUGGUACAUCACAGGAGCUCUCACCCUGCAAGGUGCUGGUCCACACCCUAAAGGCCUGUCUGGACGUCUAGUCAGCUCCAUCUGGUGGCUGUUUGCUAUAGUGCUUUUGGCCUGCUACUUUGGCAACCUCAACUCCAUGCAUUCCAACAACAAACACGUCUCCAUCAAGACCUUUGAGGACCUUGCAAACCAGGACGCGAUAGACUACGGCACUUUGGAGGGUGGAUCCACCAUGGCUUUUUUUAAGAAUUCGAAAAACCCGGUGUACCGGCGCAUCUACGAGCACAUGGAGCGCAAGAAGAGCUUCGUCUCCAGCAUGGACGAGGGCAUCCGCCUCACCCAGGAGGGAAACUUUGCCUUCAUCGGCGAGGCCGCGUCCUUGGACUUGGCGGUGGCUCGCCACUGCCAGCUCAGCCGCUCUGACGAGACUAUCACCAUGAGAGCCUACAGCAUCGCAGCACCUCUGGGCUCUCCGCUGCUCAAAAACCUGAGCAUCGCCAUCCUCAAGCUCAGUGAGUCUGGUGAGCUAACGCAUCUGCGACAGAAGUGGUGGUCAAGCAGCUGCGUAGCCGGCAGCAGGGCCAAGACCUCCGAGGCCCUACAGCCUCACGAUCUGCGGGGCCUCUUUCUGCUCCUGGGCCUGGGCCUUGGCGUUGGGCUGCUGCUGGCCUUGCUGGAGCUCCUAUCCGGAGCUCGCAACCAAGCAAAGGAUGGCAAGAAAUCGUGCUGCUCCGUGUUGACAUCAGAACUAAACCAGCGAUUUGGAGGCAAGGGGGGAAGUGCAGAGGGAGACGACUCAGGCAAAAGCAAAGCCUGAAAGGAACAUCCACAUGUUAGCCAUUGAUGGCUAGUUUCAGAGCUGAGAAGCCUGUGUCUCGUUCCAUCAAAUACAGUAACUUUCUUUGUUUCCAUAGUAACAGCCAUUUGUCGAGUGGUCCUGUCAGUAUGUUUUGUACUCUUCUAAAGAAAGAGCUCGUUGACCACAUGGGUAACAAUAACUAGCAGCUAUUUUACAGCGUGUUAAAGCAAACCGCAAAACUAGUUUUAAACCGCCAAUACUAAUCACUGAUUUAUUUUUGAUGCCGGUGAAGAAUCCCUUACUUAUUUUUCAACUAUGAUGGUUAUAUAACCGUUUAUAUUUGCUUGGAAGUUCUAAAUAAAUCCCACAAUGUCCAGAAUUGUCUCUUUUUUAAGUUGCUACUGUAGUAGAACUGUAAUGUUAAUGUUGGAAGUUUAGCUACACCUGCGCAGAGCAAAACCUUAUCAAGACAUGCAACAUUAGAAGGAAAAUGGUUAUUCCCGUAGAUGGCAAGUUCUGCAUUCUGUUUUUGUAGACAUGGAUGGUAAAGGGACUUGUACUUUGAUAGCGCUUUUCCAGUCUUCUGACCAAUCAAAGCAAUUUAACCCUUCACCAUUCACCCAUUCAUACAGUGAUCUAGGAGCUAUUGGGCAAGGUUCCAAGGUUCUCACUGGCCGGAUUAUCUAAUUAGUCAUGCCAAUUCCUUCACAGCACGACCCAAGGACGCAUUUACAUUCGACUAACGGAGCUGAGGGUCCAACCGCCGAUGAUCUGAUUGAAGAACACAUCAGUUGUAUCCAUUGCAGCCCAGCAUAUCCCAUAACGCAUUGCAGGCCAAUGACGAUGAAUCAAUAUACUAAUAAAGAUUUCCUAUUGAAUACUUUUA